AUGGACCCGACAGCUCUGAACGAGAAGCUUUUGGAUAGGCGAUCCCAGCUCACCGAGGGGCUUUCUAGCCUACCUUACGACUUGAUACUCUAUCUCGACAGGGCAACCGUCCACUCAGAUCUAGGAUAUCCAGACCUCGCAGCUGGUGAUGCAUAUCGCGCACUCACCCUUGCAGAUGAGGUCCUCAACGAAGGGUUCGAGUACCAUGAGCAGGCUUUCGAGUCUCUGCAGAUGCAUACCGCAGUCCCACUUCCAGACGUUCUAGCCCACGGCAACUUGCCGCAGGACGACAUCCAGGCCACUGAAGCAGGCUCCGAGAUAGAGGACGAAGCGCUUAAACGUUUAGCCAUUUUGGCACAAGUUCGUGCAUAUCAGAUUCUUUCGCUCGGCCUUUUGCUUUGCGGUUCACUACAGAGUGCUGCCAGCUUUUGCCAGCGGGGUCUCCGACUAUCACCGUCGAAUCAGGAACUGCUCGACACAAAGAACAACAUUGUCACUGUCGCCCGACGAAGACUCCGCCGUGAUGACAUUGACAUUGAUUAUCCCAAUCUCCCCGAUCAAGGCCUCGUCCGCCGUGAGGUCUACCCCUGGAACGACCAUGAGCCUGAUCGCUUUGCCCCGGAAUCACUGGCCGAACUCAAUGAGCACCUGAGCGACAUGGCCCCCAAGUGUGCAGUUGAGGUCGCUACUCUGCCUGUACUAUUAGAAGGAGCCAGUAGCACCGACGAUUACGAAAUCAUUCCGACAUGCAAACAGCUCGGCGUUUUUGCCAAGGAAGACAUAGCUCCCGGUGAGGCUGUACUAAAGGAGUACUCACUCCUUACUGCCAACAAUCGGCUGAAGGACUCUGUCUGUGACGCUUGCAGUUCUGACCUGCCUCCUUUAGGUAGUGAGAACGAGCCUGUUAGCUGUCCUGAAUGCUACGAUACCGUCUUCUGCACACAAUACUGUUUUGACCAGGCCAUGGAGCGAUACCACCCCGCCGUUUGCGAAAAGGACGUCGAUGCGAUCGCCAAAGACCCCGAUGCAUUCGAAGCGGACCACACACUAUACCUUUUGCUCCUUUCCAGGGUCCUGGCGAUCGCAGCUCACGAGGAGGUUAACCCCCUAGAUGUCCGAGAGGUCAAGUACAUCUGGGGUGACUUUGUCCCGACUCGAACUAACGACAUCAACGUCUCACCAAAUGCUGGCCCGCCACCCGAAUGGACUCUUCCCUUUUCUUUCAAAUAUAACAUCGAGACGCCUCUGCACGUUCUCGAGAAGAUGGAUAUCGAUAUCUACGAAAAUCUCGACGAGUACGAUCUCUGGGUGAUGAAUACACUAUAUGCCAAAUUCCGCGGUACCGCUUCUGCUCGCAAAAAUCCCAGAGACGGUCGGCCCGAUGUCGCCGCUGUGCACCCGUACUGGUGUCUCGCGAACCACGACUGCGAUCCCAACGUCACCUGGGAAUGGGGCGGUCGCAUGGUCCUCGAAGCCAGAAAGGAGCGCGUGGUUGGUGGCCGUCCAGGGGGUAUCAAGAAGGGCGAAGAAAUUCUCAACCACUACUGCGACGUCAACCUACCCGUUCAACAACGAAGGGAGUGGGCAAAGGGCAGCUUGGGAGGGUGGUGUAUGUGCAAGCGAUGUCGCGACGAGGCAGCUGCUGCAGGAGAAGAGAAACAGGCUUGA